UCGCACGGGUACGAUAGUAGUUAUACUUCCUUAACCUUCUGCGUAUUAGAACCCGUCGUUUGGAUCCUCCACGACUGGACAGAACAGGUCGUGUGUAUUACAGUUUUCCCCCAUCGCAUAUUUUGGAACACCAAGAUUUGGAAAAGAAAGAAAGAAACGGAUAACCGUUGGCGAUUUUUGCAGGAAAUUUAGCACUGCAGCAGCCAUCCAUGACAACGGCGGUGUUGCAAUAAGAUCGAAGUGCCUGUGCAAACCGUUGAACAAUUGAAGAACUUUAUGUGAAAUUCGAAUAAAAAUGGUGAGUUCCAAGGACGCAUCUGCCACGGAUAGCGACAACUCUCCUGGCGUCCGGAUCUCGAAUUCCAGCCUAUACUCCGAAGGAGAAAAGGUUCUCGCUUACCAUGGCCCUCGCAUCUACAAAGCUAAGGUCCAAAAAUCUGAGCAUAGGGAGAAUGAAUGGAGAUAUUUUGUUCACUACUUGGGGUGGAACAAGAAUUGGGAUGAGUGGGUAGGCACUGAUCGCUUGAUGAAACUUACAGAUGAGAAUAUAAGUAAGCAACAGGCCCUUGACAAGAAACAGGGAGUGGAAAAAAAUGCAAAACAGGGGCGUUCAUCACAGCCAAAACAUAGAAACUCAGCUGAUCCGAGAAAUGAAAAAGAUGACUCUAUUAACCAUGAUCUAAAUGUGGAUAAAGAGGAAACGAAGACCAAUGUUGCUAAAGGGAAAAAGCGGAAGGCUGAUUCGGCUACAGAGAAGGGCAAUGCAUCUGCUGAGAAACUCAUUAAAAUUCAAAUUCCAUCAACUUUAAAGAAGCAACUUGUGGAUGACUGGGAGUUUGUUACUAAGAAGAAUGUGCUUGUAAAACUUCCUCGAUCUCCCACUGUUGAUGAUAUGCUGACGAAGUAUCUUGAACUGCGAUCAAAAAAGGAUGGAGCUAUGGCUGAUUCAGUUGGAGAAAUUAUCAAAGGCAUAAGGUCGUAUUUUAACAAAGCAUUGCCAGUUAUACUUUUGUACAAAGAGGAGCGCCAACAAUAUCACGGCAUAGUUUCAGAUAAUGUCUCUCCAUCUAGUGUAUACGGUGCUGAACAUCUGUUACGCCUAUUUGUAAAGUUGCCUGAGCUACUAGCUUGUGUGAAGAUUGAGGAGGAGACUUUAAUUAGCUUGCAACAGAUAUUGCUGGAUUUCCUCAAGCAUCUGCAGAAGAAUCAGAGUGCGUACUUCCUAUCCUCUUAUGAAGGGGGUGCCAAGUCUAAAGACAGUUGACUAAUAAAUGCUCGACUCUGCCUCUGCCACAAUUCCCAUUUGUUGUUGUGAAAUGUUACUUAGAUUAGUUUUGUAAAAUGAUAUCUACUGUAAUACUGUUGUUGUCUACAUCUUUGCGGCAGCCCAUUUUUUCCGCUUGUACCAAUCACAACCAUUCUAUUACCCAUUGACACAACUCUAUUCGUUUUUAUGGACAUAUUGUUUUCAUAACAAUUACUGGGUUUCAAGACAUGUGUUAUGCGUAUUUCUUACCUACCC